UUCAAUUAAACAUUGACUCCUUAAAUUCGAUUAAUUAUUGUCCAUAACUGAAAAGAAAGUCACCAACAGAAUGUAAUGGAAGACAAAAUGGAACCGUUUUUCAACCAGACUGCUGGAAAUGGUGUUGUAGGCAACACGUGUGGGAUAGAUUUCACCCAGGAUGCUGUCUUUCUUCCAGUGUUGUAUGGUGUUUUUUUCAUCAUUGGCAUACCUCUGAACCUGAUGGCGCUUUAUGGGUUGUACAAGUUGAUCCGGACUGAGAACAUCCUGCCGGUGUUUGUGUUCAACCUGCUGCUCUCAGACUUUCUGCAGCUGUCAACCCUGCCCUUGUGGAUGGACUACUACAGGAAAGACCACUACUGGAGUCAUGGGCCUAGGGCAUGCCAAUUCAUGGGCCUUGUCUUCUAUGUGAGCAUUUAUGUGAGCAUCUUCUCCAUGUGCAUAAUCGCGUUGGAGCGCCACCUAGCCAUUGCCCAGCCGCUCAGGUUCCAAGCUCUGCGGAGCCUGAAGUUUGCUGUAUCUCUGGCAGUAGCCGUGUGGGUAGUUGUCACAUUGCCGCCUUCAAUUGCGUUUGAGACCUUGUUCCCAGCAAAGCAGAAUUUCACUCUUUGCAUUGAGAAGUACCCCUCUGAGGAGACGUUCAUCACCUAUCGACUGAUCACUCUCAUUCUUUCCUUUGCACUGCCUUUUACCUUUAUUUUUAUCCUCCAUACAAUGACCCUCAAGUCAUUAGCUGGAGUUGGUUCCUUGAUGAUGGAGGAGAAAAAACGCAUCAAGAGGUUCCUGAACUUACUGAUUGUAAUAUUUGUUUCAGUCCUGGGUCCCUACCACCUCAUUGGCUGCAUUAAAUACAUUGGGUUGGCCCUGCAGCCAGAGAAAUGCAAAUGGGAAAAAUCUGUGUUUGUGUCAUACCAACUUGGGCGGGGCCUUCUGAGCCUGAACAGCCUGUUGGAUCCUGUGAUGUACAUAUUCCUACGCAAUGACUUCAGGGAAGCAGCACGCCACUACCUGGACUGCAGUGGAGGGAGUCGUUGGCAAUCUGUCCGAAAAAGCCGAUCCCGUGCUAUCUCCAGGAGCGAGAGACCCACAAACUCCUCACAAGAAUCAGAACUUUAUCACUGAACAAUGAGGUGUUGUUCUGCUUUUACCUUAUUUUUCAUUUUGCGAACAACUUGCCUGUCUUCAGUUUGAGAGAUAAUAAUGUAAAAUGACUGAUAUAAUAAUGGAAAUAAUGAUAUUUCCUGAUUUUCGCAGCUUAAAUUAGGGUUUGACUUUGUGCUGCCUUGUGUUCCAGUUGUGAUACAAAACAGCUUUGCUUGAGUUUUUUCUCAAUAACAUGGGGAAGUUAUUGGCUGGGACAAUGUUACACAAUAAAUAUCGUAUCUGUCAAGUGUCAGCCAGUUACACAGUGACUAUGUUUACCUGUCAAGUGGUACCAAGUUGGUGGGUCAGUCCCCUCAGUCUUACACAGGUUGGAGACCAGUAACGUUACAGGGGUGUGAACAGGGGGAUGACAUGUUUUUUUUGUUUUGUUCAAAUAGUGAACUGGAGACUUCUCCUACUUGGAUUAAAAGAGAUGGGCAGCAGGUAGUGUUGAUGUUAGAGCUCCCUCUGGGCAUACCAACAGACAGGCUUUGAAUCCCGUUUCAAACUGCAGUACCCAUGAGCAAGACAUUAUCCUGAAAUGAAAAAGUAAAAAUUACGCCGCUGUAUACAUGGAUAAAUAAUUGUAAGUGGCUUCAUAUGGUAUACGUAACUUUGAGAAUUGCCCUGAACAGAGGCUUGUACUGUAAUAAUUUCUCAUGUUUUAAUCAAACAAGGCUGUACAUGGUGGCACAGUAGGGAGUGCUACUGUAGAGUUUCUAUGUUCCACCAGUUUAUAUGUGUGCAAGUACUUUACUUUGCUGA